AUGUCGACAGUAGCCCGCGCCCUCCGUCCGGCUCGCCGCCUCCGCGUUACGGCGCCGGCACCGACGACCACAGCGGCAGCGCCCCUGGUCCUCCGCAGAUGCUUCGCCGACAAUAAGCCGCCAAUCUACACCGAGUCCGCCGUCAACAGCGAGCUGGGCGUCGGCGAGUUCGAGGGCAUCAAGUUCCGUGUCGAGCCGCUGCGGCGCCAGGGCGAGGACGAGCGGACGAUGCGCGCCCGUCUCCUUUACCAGUCCCGCAAGCGCGGAACCCUCGAAUCAGAUCUCCUCAUGUCGACCUUUGCCAACGAGCACCUCCCGCACAUGACCAAGUCCCAAAUGGCGCAGUACGACCUGUUUCUCGACGAGAACGACUGGGACAUUUACUACUGGGCCACCCAGGAGGAAGCCCCCUCGGCCUCGGCCUCGACCCAAAAGACAUCUUCUUCCUCUUCGUCCGGCUCCUCGUCCAACGACACCCUCGCCUCCUCGACCGUCAACGCAGCAGAGUCCUAUCGCCCCGUCGGCACCGGCGCCGCCUCGACAAUCGACGCGGGCAAGAAUGCUACGCAGACCAAGCCCAAGGAGGACGUCCGCACGCAAGACGUCCCCGGCGAGUGGGCCAACACCGUCGGCUCCUUCAAGGCGCAGUACCGUCCCGUCCCCGUGCGCUGGCAGGGCAGCGAGAUUUUGGAGAUGUUGAGGGCCCACGUGCGGAGCCGACGUGCGGACGGGACUGUCGGUGUGCAUCGGGAUGUGCAGGAGCGCAAGGAGGGUGGUCUCGGGUUCAUGCCGCCUCUGUUUGAUGUUGAUAGGGCGGGCAAGAAGAACUAG